CGCGUUAUGCACACCGCCCCUAAAACUUUUAACUUACGCUCUUCUUCCAUCUCCACUGAAGCUGCAGAGUUGAGCAGAGCGGAGCUGAGCACAGUCGGAAACUGCCAUGUCUCCGCCGUUGAUUUUGCUUCUGACGCUCCUCAUACUCCCCGCCGCCCACGCCCAGCGCCGCCCGCUCCUCACCACAGGCUACUACCGCAGAUCCUGCCCCCGAUUCGAGCAGAUCGUGCAGGACACCACCACCAACAAGCAGAUCUCAUCGCCGACGACCGCCGCCGCCGCUCUCCGCCUCUUCUUCCACGAUUGCUUCGUCCUAGGCUGCGACGCGUCGGUACUCAUCUCCUCAACGCGAUUCAGCAAAGCCGAACGCGACGCCGAAAUUAACCUCUCUCUCCCCGGCGACGGCUUCGACGUCGUCGUGCGCGCAAAAACCGCUCUCGAACUCACCUGCCCCGGCGUGGUCUCCUGCGCCGACAUCCUCGCCGUCGCGACGCGCAAUCUGGUGGUGAUGAUGGGCGGACCGUUCUACACCGUCCGAUUAGGUCGCAAGGACUCGCUCACCUCCCGAGCUUCCGAUGUCGAAGGCAACAUCCCGAGGCCAGCAAUGUCGAUGGAUCAGAUGGUUCGGAUAUUCCAAACCAAAGGAUUCUCCGUACAGGAAAUGGUUGCUCUCUCCGGCGCUCACACCAUCGGAUUCUCGCACUGCAAGGAGUUCAGCUCCAUCCUCUACAACUACAGCCGCACAUCGCAGUCCGAUCCGGCGUAUUAUAGCGAAUUCGCCAAGUCCCUGCGGAGUGCGUGCGCAGAUUACCGGAGGAAUCCGACGCUAUCGGUGUUCAACGACGUUAUCACUCCCAACAAAUUCGACAACAUGUACUACAGCAAUGUGCAGAAAGGAUUGGGCCUGCUGUCGUCGGAUCACGCGUUGAGCAUGGAUUGGAGAACCAGAAGGUAUGUGGAUUUGUAUUCCAGAAAUCAGACUGCAUUUUUUGAGGCAUUUGCGAGAGCCAUGGAGAAGCUCAGUGCGUACGGCGUCAAGACCGGAAGAAGGGGCGAGGUUCGGCGCAGGUGCGACGCCUUUAAUAAUUGAGAUUAAUUUCAUUUUUAAUUAAUUAAUUAAUUAUUUGAUACAUUAUAUGUGGAUUGUAUAUUGGUGAAUGGUCGAAGAUGGUGGUGGUAUUGAGGCGUUACUUUUCUAUCUAUUUAUUUUUCAUGUGA